AGUGUUCAUUGUAGAAUCAUUGCUAAAUCAUUGUGUGCUGUGUUUAUCAACAAAACAGACGAGAAACAAAAAUUUUGUUUAAAAAUUCAUUGUUAAUAUUUGAAAAUCAAAUGAGUGAUAUGAAAAAUCAAUGCAAAAACAAGAAGUCUACCAGUGCCAGUGGAAAAUUUAAGAUUAAUUUCAAUCAGGAUUACACGUCUCUUUCCGUCGUAAGCGAUAGUGGCUACAAGUUAUUUGCCAUUCAAGGCGUCAGUAAAGUUGACGAGAUCUUUUCAAGUGAUCAUGUCGAUACGAGAAUUGCGGAAAGGCUCUUCUCAAGCUCAUUGGUGGCCACCGUUUGGACGAGUGAACAAAAUAAGCUGAAGAUAUGUCAUUUUAAGAAGAAGGCUGACAUCUGUGAAUUUAAAUACCCGAAGCAUAUAUUGAGUGUAACAAUGAAUCGUUCGCGUCUUGUUGUAUGUCUCAAGGAUAGCAUUUAUAUUCACAAUAUACGAGAUAUGCGAUUGCUUCAUUCCAUAAAAGGGUUACCUGAGAAUCCAACCGGUUUAUGUUCGCUCUCUCUUAAUUCUCAUCUUGGAUAUCCCAUUUCGAAUGAGAUAGGAAAUAUUCAGAUAUUCGAUGCUGGUUCAAUGAAGCCACGAUUGAUGAUCCCAGCUCAUUGCUCUAGAGUUGCAGCUAUGAGUUUUUCAUUGACUGGCGUCUUAUUGGCGACUGCAUCAGAAAAGGGGACCGUCAUUCGUGUUUUCUGUGCUAAAAACGCCCAACGUUUGAUGGAAUUUCGUCGUGGCAUGAAACGAUUUGCACAGAUUGUUUCGCUCAAUUUUAGCAUAUGUAAUAAUUAUGUGAGCGCCAGCAGUAACACGGAGACUAUUCACAUAUUCAAGAUCGACCAGAAAGCGAAAGAAUUGAGUGAACGACGUCAAGAUAAAAGCAUUAAAAACAGCAGUGAUGAUGAGAAUGAAAAACCAGUCGAAGACGAGCGACCAGGAUUCAUGAAAGUUUUCUCUAAAGCGAUUGAAACGAUAAAUCCAUUGAGUAAUGUGAUGAGUCAAGACAGAGCUUUUGCGUAUGUUCAAUUGGCUGAGCCAGGACUUCGCUAUCAAUGUGUUGUGACAAAACUUGAAAAGGAAACAAGAUUGUUGGUUGCUUGUGAUGAUGGAUUUCUGUACAUUUACAAUGUCGAUCCUAAUGGUGGAGAAUGUGAAUUGGUGCGAGCUCAUGACUUACGUGGUUCACUUUACGACAUCACUGAAUUGAGUGGAUCAUGUGACUCGUCAUUUACAACAUCAGAAACGGAGAAUGUCGAGACAAAGGAAAAUAUUUUGCAAUCAAAUCCAAUUGUAAAGUCGAGUUAUGCUGAGGUCAUGAAAGGGAAAGCAUGUGCUGAUGAUAAGGCUGAUAUCAAACCGUUGAGUGACAUUAAUGAUGUUGUUGAAUACUCUGCUAAAAAUAAUAUUCAAAUUUUCGAUGAUGUGCAAUUUCCACCAGUUUGUCAAGCAUGAAAACCACAAAAACGCCAUAGAAAGAGUCGAAGGAAAAGUUAAAGUCGCAGUUUUUAUUUUUUUGAAUUACCUAACACAUAAAAGUUUCGAUGCACAAAACUUAGAAAUUUAUAAAUUGCAAUAAUUCGAUUCAGAAAUUUUUUUAAAAGUUUUCAAUUUUCAAUCGUUUUUUGAUGAUCUGUAAAAUAAUAAAUUAUUCGUAGAAACAACUUCAACAUUCUUUGUCUCGUUGAUUCCCUUUCGUAUCUUUGAAAUAUUAAAUAGUAAUUAAUAAAUGUUAAAAUAUCCUCGGCAUUUAAAUGCAUCAGUAGAGUGAAAGAGAUAAAGGGAAGAAGGAAAAUGUUAGUUAAAAACAUGUACAUUUAAUUUAAUCAGAGUUAAGCUAUAAACAUAAAUAAAGUGAUGUACCUUACUCGUAUAGAGAGUUCCAGAAAAAUAAUAUCAAAUAAUGAUUUCAAUGACCUUUCAUGCAAUAUAUUUCUUUCAUUUAAUAAUUACACUGUAGAUAUAUUGUUGUAUAAUUAAGUAAUAUUAUUGAGGCGAACAAAGCUGGUAGAUCUGAAAGUUCUUUAAUUUCCCGAUCCACAUUCCAGCUCUGGUCGAGAGUAGGUUACUUGUACAAUUUCAUUAUUUUAUUGUAGAACAUUAAGUCAAAAGGCAUUUCACUUAUCAUUCUAAGAUUUGACAAUUUCAAUCUGACCCAAAAUCGAGAUGAUAAUUCUGAAAAAAAUUCAGAAAUUCCAAUUCAUAUUUCGCAAUAAAUUUUUGUUCUCAAUUCAAAAGCGUUGAUUGAAUUCACUUCAUUCCUUCUUUUCAGUAUCUUUUCAAUUUAUAUUCUUUAAGUAUUCAUUUAAAACAUAGAUAUCAACAUAUAUUUAUGAAAUAUAAUUUAUUUAUAAUCAUGUUUGCAUUGAUUUGACUACGGCAAAUAAAAAAUCACCAAAAAAAUAUGAAAAAUUCGAAAAUAAAUAAAAAAUGCUUUGAGGAAAGCAUAAAGAC